AGGCGGACGGCGUAUACACGCAGAGCUAGGAAGAGAGCGAGAGCUAGCUCUGCACGUUGUCUGCUGAUGCCGUUAGCUGGUCGCUAGUGGCUCUGUCCCGUGUGUCCCACUGACUGGAAUCAAGAACUGAGAAAAGAUUGGGGACGUCAUGGCGACUCUGGAGGGCAAGACGGUGGUGAAGGAGGGAUGGCUGACGAUGUACAAGAGCCGAAAGCCAACGUUUUUCUCCUCGCGACCUGUUCCUGAUAAACUGGUGGACCGAGCAUGGGCUGUGCUCCAUCAGUUUUCUAAUAAAGGCCCACUCAUCUGCUUCUAUCAGGACAAUCUGAGAGAGACCAAGGUGAUGAAGAGGGAGAAGAUUGAACUGCUGACAGUCAGAGCCAUCACUCAAGUAACUCGCCACCCAAAACAACCUCACAGUUUUGGUCUCAAGUUCAAAGGAGCUAAGAAGGUUGUCAUGAACUGCGACUCAGAGCCGGACAAGGGGGCGUGGCUAAAGGCUCUGGGGAAUGUAAUCAACCUGGAAUACAGCCAGGAGACGGUGAUGUGGGAAUACCUUGACGACGGAGGACUGUGGCAGGCAUGCAGCGAGGACGACAGCUUCAAGAUUGAGGCUCAUUUCUUUGAGGGCUCGCAGCAGUUUCACCUUGGAGAUUAUCACUACCAUCUGAGUCACAUGACCCGCUCACACCCGCAGACCAAGAACCACCAGAGGAUAAAGAGGACUCUGUUUGUUCAAGAGAGGAGAGAUGUUCUUCACUCUACAAUGAAAGACCUGCCCGUGAGUUGACUUGUCCUCUUAUCUGGUUCUUCAUCAACCACUUCAAUAAUGAUCUACUUAACCCCUUUAAGACUACUCUCGUUGCCAGACCUUCAAGAGUAUUGACCUACUGUACUUAACCCCUUUAAGACUACUCGUGUUAACACAAUUACCAGACCUUGAAGAGUAUCAUUCUUCAGUUAACCCUUUUGAAUUGUUUCGUUAACCCCUUGCAGGCUAUCUGGGAGUGGGGCGACGGGGAGAAGAGGGAGUGGCAGCCGUUUGAGAGAGACACAAACAUACAGAUUGAGGAGAUGUACGACAGCGGGUCUCAGUGGGCGGAGCUAACUCUCUGUCUCCCGUCCCCCAUGCCGUUCCUCCUGGACCUUCACGACAUGAAGUUGGUCAACUUCAGGACUGCCGUGAGAUACAACCUCCGCAGGAUCGACCAGAGCGAUUCCAUGGUCUCUGCCUCACAGGCACCACAGCCGAGGGCUCCAUCACCUGAUGAUUUGGACACACCCCCCAUCCAAGACCUGGGGGUUUCCCCUAAUUCUCCUCUCUUCCAACCUCUUCAGGAUACUCUGCAGAGGCUGCAGAUGGACAGGAAGACCAUCAACUACAAGAGGAUGAUUGGAGAAGGAGCUUUUGGAGAGGUGUACCUGGCGGAGGUGACUGGGGUUCCGGGGUUUCAGAAUCAAACCAUGGAGGUCGCGGUCAAACAACUCAGAUUGAGUGACUUCAUAGCUCGUCAUGGUCACCACAGCCAGCAGAUGGAGGACUUCCUGCGGGAGGCAAAGGAGAUGUCGAAAGUCGACUAUCCUUACGUCAUCAAACUCCUUGCAGUCUGCACGCUUGACUACCCAAUGUUACUGAUAGAAGAAUUCAUGAACAACGGAGAUCUACUGGGUAUCCUCAAAGACAACCGACCCAGCAUGCCUCUACCAGCCCAACUCAACUUCGCCUUUCAGGUCUCUGACGGCAUGCGGUACCUCGCCGAUGAGCUGAGCUGUGUCCAUAGAGACCUGGCGGCCAGGAACAUCCUGGUCCAUCAGGACGACUCUGAGUUCAUGCACACCAAGAUUGCCGACUUUGGCCUGUCACGUCAUCUCUACUCUGACAUGUACAAACACCAGGGAACGAAGCCACGCCCACUACCGGCCAAAUGGAUGGCUCUGGAGUCACUCAUGUACUUCACCUUCACCACCAAGAGUGACGUAUGGAGUUACGGUGUGUUGCUAUGGGAGAUAAUGACCAUGGGGCGGAGUCCCUACCCGGGAGUGGAGAACAGAGAGCUCCUGGAGCAGAUAGAGGAGAAAGGGUUAAAACUCAGCAAACCAAAACUCUGUCCACCAGAGAUCUAUGAGGUCAUUCUGGACUGUACUCAGCACCAACCUGAUGAGAGACCCACAUUUGGAGAACUCAAAGACACUAUGGCAGAGUUCUUCACCCAGGCAAUGGAAGGGAAGAUGACCCACCCUAAGGAAUCCCCAACUACCAGCUCCCUGCCCAGCUCCACCUCCCUCACUACCACUGACCACGCCACUGAAGAAGGCCCCCAGCCCCCGCGCCCGGAGAAGUCCCCCCAACUCCAGAGACCCCCCAGCCCUAAAACCCCGCCCCCUUCCUCCAAACCACCUCCCCCAACUCCCGCUUCGUCUCUCUCACCUCUCACGAAAACCACACCCCCUUCAUCUAGGCCUACCUCCACUGCCACUGGGAACUCUUCGUCGAAAAACUCGUCCAAAACCACGCCCAACAACAACUCCAAGAGUGCAUCACCAUCGGUAACCAAGGCCAACUCUGUUUCCACGGGAACCAAGACCAACUCUGCUUCCAUGGCAACAAAAACCAACUCUGUUUCCAAGGCAACCAAGGCUAACUCUGCUUCCAACAGUGCUACCGUGGCAACCAAAGAUGACGGCACUGGGAACUCGGUGGUACCAGAAGGGAUGACGACCGAGGACGAUGGAAUGGUGGAAAUGACAGGAGGACAUCUUUAUUACCUUCUUGACCCUCUCGAGGACGAGGUCAAAGGUGAGAAAUCGGGUGGUCGGCACAAGCGUGGAUCGGGACGGUCUCCAUCCCAGUCCAAUCACUGGAGAACGGAAUCAGGACGGCCCAAUGAGACUCCGCCCACACAAUCAACACUCAGAGAAUCCUAGCACCAAUUACAGCAAAUUAUGCAACACACAGAUUAUCAUAAUAACACAAAAUGAGCGUAUGUUUCCAUGUUUUGUGUGUCUGUUAUUCAAAUUGUGUGAUAAUAGUUGGUGAGGUGUUGGUGGAGGCAUGUUUCAGACGUAGCCUUUGCUCUUGCGGUAGUACUGGUAGCUGUGAUAGACAUUCUGCUCCAAUUUCCUGGAUGACGACAGGAUCCAGCACUACAGCUGGUUUACCGCAAGAAUUGGUCAUGCUGUCUGCAAGAGGAAUUGGUCAUGUUGUCUGCAAGAGGAAUUGGUCAUGUUGUCUGCAAGAGGAAUUGGUCAUGUUGUCUGCAAGAGGAAUUGGUCAUGCUGUCUGCAAGAGGAAUUGGUCAUGUUGCCUGCAAGAGGAAUUGGUCAUGUUGUCUGCAAGAGGAAUUGGUCAUGUUGUCUGCAAGAGGAAUUGGUCAUGUUGUCUGCAAGAGGAAUUGGUCAUGCUGUCUGCAAGAGGAAUUGGUCAUGCUGUCUGCAAGAGGAAUUGGUCAUGCUGUCUGCAAGAGGAAUUGGUCAUGCUGUCUGCAAGAGGAAUUGGUCAUGUUGUCUGCAAGAGGAAUUGGUCAUGCUGUCUGCAAGAGGAAUUGGUCAUGCUCUCUGCAAGAAAGGGGUGUGUAUAAAGAAUGAACACGGAACUAGAAGAUAACCCAAAUCAAGAGAGAGAGAUUAGCAUUUGUCCUAUUCUACAUGUACUGUACCUCCUGUUCUCAUCCACUGGCCCGAACAGGUACCGACUGGGGUGGAUUACAUCAUCAUGAUGUAAGGAUAAUUUACACCAGCUUCAUGCUGCCAGCUCAGAUUAUGUAUAACACCAAGGAAAAAUCUAAGAUUGUGACAGAUAAAGAAAUGAGGACACCUCUCUAAUAAGGAUACCUUUUCUUUCCCCAAAAACAGUUCUUGUGUGGAAUUUAACCCCUGAAAUAAGGACAGUUACUACUUUAAUCUGUCCCACCGGAACAAGGGAGUUCCGCUGGGUGUAUAGUACCUCAUCUAGCUAGUGCUAUCAGCUAGUGAUUACCUCUCUAUUGUUGAGUGCGGUACAGUGGGUGCGCAGAUAUUUUUCGUUUUUAUUUUCGUUAGCAGAACUACACCCGAGAAGGAUAUGACCACUGGUUCCCCACAACAGUGGAGGUCUGUACCUGCACUCACAGAUUCACUGCAUUUCAAAAGGUGGCAUUUUGGUAUUGUAAUGGUACAAAUCCAUUGUGGGUGUCAGUGAGUAUCUUCUGACAUUGAAAAAGGGGAGACCAUACAGGCAGGUCCUUAUCCUUCUCUCCCUUACCUUAUCACUUACUCUCGUCCUAUUUCUCUCCUUCCUCACCUAACCCCGCCCCUCUCCCUUUCUCUCUCUUCCGAGGCGUAUGUAUACACAUACUAACUUGUGGGUGAGGGUUGUGCAGGCCCGGACGAUAUCGGGACAGAGACGAGAGUCCUUACGAUAGCGGACGGAGGGUCUUCGUCUGUCUUCGCCCGCGUCUCGCCACAAGUAACUGGAAACUGUGAGGUAGAGGCCCCGCAGGAAGACGACGAGGACUAGGAACGCCGCUAGAGCCGAGAACAUGACGAUAUUUACCUCCUCCCCCGCCCCUUUCUCACUUUUGUUAGCUAGCCGGA